AUGCGUAGUGGUGUCCACGCGCCCACGCUCCGGAGGGUCCCGGGCAUCAUGGCGGAGCCGGAGAUCUCCACACAAGCUGCCCGGACCCCUCAGACUAGCGCUCCCUCAGCCGCCACCGUGGCUGCGGUCUCAGCCCCACCAGCAGCGGCGGGAGGCGGAGCUGGAGGAAGCAGCGGCAGCAGCGAUCCUGUUCGCCCGGGACUGAGCCAGCAACAACGCGCGAGCCAGCGCAAAGCGCAUGCGCGAAGCUUCCCGCGGGCAAAGAAGCUAGAGAAGCUGGGGGUAUUCUCAGCAUGUAAGGCAAAUGAUUCUUGCAAGUGUAAUGGCUGGAAGAACCCAAAUCCUCCUACGGCCCCCCGGAUGGAUCUGCAGCAGACAGUCACCAACCUUAGCGAGCCCUGUCGUAGCUGUGGGCACACACUCGCUGACCACGUGUCUCACCUGGAGAAUGUCUCUGAGGAGGAGAUCAACCGGCUCCUGGGGAUGGUGGUGGACGUGGAGAACCUUUUCAUGUCCGUGCACAAGGAAGAGGACACAGACACCAAGCAAGUUUACUUCUACCUGUUCAAGCUCCUGCGGAAAUGCAUCCUGCAGAUGAGCCGCCCAGUGGUCGAGGGCUCCCUUGGGAGCCCCCCGUUUGAAAAGCCAAACAUCGAACAGGGUGUCUUAAACUUUGUGCAGUACAAGUUCAGCCACCUGCCCACCAAGGAGCGGCAGACCAUGUUUGAGCUCUCCAAGAUGUUCCUUCUGUGCCUGAACUACUGGAAGCUGGAGACGCCGUCCCAGUUCCGGCAGCGCUCCCAGAACGAUGAUGUGGCAACAUACAAGGUCAACUACACCCGCUGGCUGUGCUACUGCCACGUCCCCCAGAGCUGCGACAGCCUCCCUCGCUACGAAACCACCCAGGUCUUUGGGCGCAACCUCCUCAAGUCCACUUUCACUGUAACUCGCCGUCAGCUGCUGGAGAAGUUCCGGGUGGAGAAAGACAAGCUGGUCCCGGAGAAGCGCACCCUCAUCCUCACCCAUUUCCCCAAGUUUCUGUCGAUGCUGGAGGAAGAAAUCUACGGAGAGAGCUCCCCGAUCUGGGAGGCCGACUUCACUAUGCCUGCAGCAGAGGGAGCCCCGCUUGUUCCCCGGCCAGCAAUCAGCACGGUUCCAGCAGCCAGCACACCCCUCUUCAACAAGUCUCUGAGCUGCAGCUCCUCUCUGGCGUCCAUCAGCCUGGAUGGCGGUUCCUUGGAGUCCGUGCCAGGUGAGAAGCGGAAGCUCCCUGAGAGCUUGACUAUCGAGGAUGCCAAGCGGAUCCGGGUGCUGGGCGACAUCCCGAUGGAGCUGGUCAACGAAGUGAUGCUGACGAUCACGGAUCCGGCGGCCAUGCUUGGGCCAGAGACCAGCCUGCUCUCUGCAAACGCAGCCCGGGAUGAGACAGCCCGCCUGGAGGAGCGGCGUGGCAUCAUCGAAUUCCACGUCAUUGGCAACUCCCUCUCUCAGAAGUCCAACAAGAAGAUCCUCAUGUGGCUGGUCGGCUUGCAGAACGUUUUUUCGCACCAGCUGCCGCGGAUGCCCAAGGAGUACAUCACCCGCUUGGUCUUUGACCCCAAGCACAAAACUUUGGCCCUGAUCAAGGAUGGCCGGGUGAUCGGGGGCAUCUGCUUCCGGAUGUUCCCGACUCAGGGGUUCACAGAGAUCGUCUUUUGUGCUGUGACGUCCAACGAGCAAGUCAAGGGCUACGGGACCCACCUGAUGAAUCACCUGAAAGAGUACCACAUCAAACACAGCAUCCUGUACUUCCUCACCUAUGCUGACGAAUAUGCCAUUGGCUACUUCAAGAAGCAGGGCUUCUCCAAAGACAUUAAAGUCCCCAAGAGCCGGUACCUGGGCUACAUCAAGGACUACGAGGGAGCCACCUUGAUGGAAUGCGAGCUGAACCCUCGGAUCCCCUACACGGAGCUCUCCCAUAUCAUUAAGAAGCAGAAAGAGAUUAUCAAGAAGUUGAUAGAGCGGAAGCAGGCCCAGAUCCGCAAGGUCUACCCGGGCCUCACGUGCUUCAAGGAGGGCGUCCGGCACAUCCCCAUCGAAAGCAUUCCAGGCAUCCGGGAGACGGGAUGGAAGCCCAUGGGAAAGGAGAAAGGGAAGGAGCUCAAAGACCCGGACCAGUUGUACACCACUUUGAAAAAUCUCCUUGCACAAAUCAAGACCCACCCCAGUGCCUGGCCGUUCAUGGAACCAGUAAAGAAGUCUGAGGCUCCCGAUUACUAUGAGAUCAUCCGUUUCCCUAUUGAUCUCAAGACGAUGACGGAGCGCCUGAAGAACCGCUAUUACGUCACAAAGAAGCUCUUCAUUGCCGACUUGCAACGCAUCAUCACCAAUUGCCGCGAGUACAACCCGCCCGAGAGCGACUACUGUAAAUGUGCCAACACCCUGGAGAAGUUCUUCUACUUCAAGCUCAAAGAAGGGGGGCUCAUCGACAAGUAGGGGGCGCCAAACCACACCUCACACUCACACACACACACCCUUCCUGCCUGUGUGGGAUUUCCACCUCCGUCCUUCCAUCCUGUCGAAAACUCUUCUGGCUCGUGAACAGCCGGACCUUUUCCUCGCUGCCUUCCACCGCGUCUCACGCACAAAUCCAGAUAUGAGUGGCUGGAUGUGAGGGAGUUUCUCCUAAUAUGAUUGGAGAGAGGGCUGGGGACACGGACUUUCGUCUCAUCCUUCACCCUCCCAACAGACUGGGAUGCGCGACUUCCUCUGUGUUGAUUUUCUGAGCCUUAUCACUCCGUCCAUCGGGUCUUCCUUUCCAGAAGAGCGUUCACAGGGAGUACUUUGGGAGAUUUGGAAUCCUUGUGUUGGUAUUUGGGAUCGAAUGAAGGUCCUGCCACGGUCCUCGUCCUCCCUUUGUUUUCCCACUCGUGACUUUUUCCCCCCUCGUUCCCUCCUCCCCAACUUGGGGGGAACUUUGUGGGCCUACACUCCGUCCUUCCUUUCCCCAGUUUUAGCCGUUUCCUCUUGACGUGUGAAUGUAGACAUGAAGAGUUUAAAAUGGGGGCCAAGGCAGGGGGGCUUGCCACAGGUUCAAGCAGUAGGGAGUUUCUCCUCAGUUGGGCACAACUCGAUAGAAAUUAUCUGGCCCCAUUCCCUUCCUCUUGGCCAUUUUGCAGUGUCCCACAGGCUUGCCUCCUCAGUACUGCUCAGCCUGCAAACCUUUGAGGCUCAGGGUCAAUUGGAUCUGGCUUCAAGAGGCAGGUGAGUGAGCAGAGGAGGAAGGUAAGAUCCCUGAGGCUUCCGUCCUUCACCUCAAACCUCAAGCCUAUCCAGUUGCCAGCCAAUGAUCUUCAAUAAACGUGGGGGGGGGGGGGCGCUUCCUUGGCAGUGGAAGGUUGAAGGCCUCCCUCACUUCCCCCUCACUUCCCCCAUACCUCCCAUAACUGAAGGAACAUGUCCUAGGGAGGGUUACCUCAGCCACUCCAGAGUUGUGUUUUUCUGAGUUUGCCCCCACUCUUGGCUGACAUGGAGAUAACCCCCAUCCUAGACCUGCCUGAUGCUCUCCUUAUUCCCUCCCCCCCCAACUUCUGAGUCAUUCCUGAUCAUUUCCCUUUGUCACCGAGCACUUAUCGAACUUCCCACCCCUUCUGUAUAACGUAAUCAAACUUGACGGUUGUCUCUGCACUUUGGGACUCUUCUCAUCAUGUGUCAAAACGAGUCAGGCCUCCUCUAGGGCCGGGCCCCCCUCAGAGUGCAUCAGCAGCAGUAUUUCUCACGUACAAACACACACGAGUGUCUCCGUCGCAGGCCAUGUGGUUUGGUUUCAUAGAGGGGCACCCAGUUCUGGCUCUCUUGCCAGAAAUCAGUGUGGUGAAUUAGCAAGCGCGCCUCUCUCUCGUGUAAUUUUGGGGGCAGUUAAUAUCUGUGCCACCUUGUGGAAAAACUGAAAUACAACUUUUUUGUGUGUGCCGAAGAACCAGUUUCCUUAUCUGUGGCAGCUGUGCUUAAUAUUAACCCCAUGAGAAUGAUAAAAGUGUAAGGAUAUACAAUAGCGUUAUGGGAGAGUAAAUUAUGAAAACUGCUGGAUGGUAAUGCCUCUUGGUGGCAGUCUGGUCUGAGGCGGUGUUUUAACUGCUCUCUGCGUUUCAGUUUUUCUGCCCUGCUAGAAACCAGAGAGGAAGCGGAGAGCUUAUCUUCCUCCUUCGAUUCGCUUCUCUGUCCCUUCUUGCCAGUUGAUUCAACUGAGACAUUUCAGGAAGUGGGGGAUGGAGAGAGAGAACCGACGGGGAGCUUGGAGGCCAAGUGCCGCUGAUCCGGUUGCCAAUCAUUGAUAUAAAUUUUCCUUUGCUUCCUAACUGUUGGUGACUUGUCAGGCGGGAACCCAUAACUGUGGCUGGAGUACCUGUCUCUUUUUGCCCUGGGUACAAGUGUCCAGUGACCUGGUCUAGGUGUGGUGCAGAACGUAACCUCCGGCUGCAAUCCAGGCAUCUGUCAGUACACAUCAAAGCCAAAUCCUUCGGCCACCGUCCUGGGGGGAAGAGGUUAAGCCCUUCCCGUUCCCCUUUGGCCCAGCCCUUCAACUUUGUUCAAGCCCCGUUCUCUCAUCCCCCUUUCCUUCAAUUACAAGAGAGAGAUUUCCUCCAUGUGCCUCCAAGGAACUUUGUAAUUGGGAAACAGCGAGGAGGGAAGCAUUUCAGUGACGUUCCAGCUGCCUUCUCUUAAGUGACUGUUGCCUUACUAUUGCCACCACAUUUUGUGUGCUUAAUCUAUACAAUUGCAGAGCUUCACUCUGCCAUUUUGGGCCUUUCAGUAAUGUUGCCAUUCCAUUUUUUUUUUACAUUUAAAAGGGAAAGAAAAUAAAGAACA